CCCGCGGUCUCGGGCCCCCGCCCGCCCGAGGGGUCGCGAUGGCGCAGCCGGGGGGCGCCGGGCCGCCGGAGCAGGGCUGCCCCGUCCGCGUGGAGCACGACCGGCGGCGCCGCCAGUUCUCCGUCCGCCUCAACGGAUGUCAUGACCGGGCCGUCCUGCUCUAUGAGUACGUGGGCAAGCGGAUCGUGGACCUGCAGCACACCGAGGUCCCCGACGCCUACCGCGGGCGCGGCAUCGCCAAGCACCUGGCCAAGGCUGCCCUGGACUUCGUGGUGGAGGAGGACCUGAAGGCCCAUCUCACGUGCUGGUACGUCCAGAAGUACGUCAAGGAGAACCCCCUCCCGCAGUACCUGGAGCGCCUGCAGCCCUAGCCCUCUCACGCCUCCCCCGGCCCCUGCGUGCUCUCAGGAAACCUGGUCCCCACGGGACGGACUCAGAGUUAUUUUUGUAAGGACUUGUUUCUGUGGCCCCGGGAGGCGGCUGGCCAAGGAUGGGCAGCGGUCCAGCCACUGUGGUGAAGGCACGGCCCGGCCGCCGCAGCCCCAGCAGCUCCUGCUCUGCAGACACCGGCUGUGUCCCGGGGCCGUCCUGGCCUCUUGUGGGCAGGCCUGGGAGGGCCCGAGGCCAGGACUGGUACAUGGACGGGGGCAUCCCUGUCCUGGGUCCCACCUGCUAUCCCCUGCUCUGUGACUGGCAGGGGGGCUGAUCUGGGCCCCCUGCCGCCACUGCCUCGGUCUGGGACCUUUCUGCAGGUGAGGAGGGUGCUCCCUGAGCCAAGAGAAGCAAUAACAAGCCUCGUGUGCCGCCUUCCGAGGGCAUGGCACCGCGCUGUGGCUGCCCCUCGCUGCCCCUUCUCUUCCUCCGACUCGUGUGCCCUGGGGUGGCCAUGGCGGGGCAGCCCUGCCCGGCAUGGGAGGCCAGGAACGGGCACAGGCUGGCUCGACUGCACACGCACACACGUGCACGCACACGCACACACUGGACACUAAGCACUCGGCAAGGAGCUGUGCAUCGGUGGGGAGGUGGGCGGGGGAGCGCUGGGUGUUUUCCCCUUGGCACCCGUUCCCCUGAGUCCUUGCCCCUCGUCCGUCAGCUCUGCGGGAAACCGAGGUCCCCAUCCCCCACGUUUGCCCGUCUGCCAGGAGCUGCUCGGGGACCCCGCCCCCGCUGCUUCUUGACCACCCUGGGGGGGGGGCUUUCUCGGAGAGGACCCUUGGGAGCUGGGCUGGGAGGGAGGCAAAUUGUCCUCAAAAACCAUCCUCACCACCUAAGAGGAAAAAGCGUUUCUGUGGAGGGGUUUCCUCUGCGGCCGGCAGACAGCAGAGCGUCUUUCCUUUCAUGGCGAGCUAGUGGCUGGGCACGUUCUGUGGCCUGUCUGGGGGUCCCAGGGCCCCUCCCAGACCAGCCUUCCUGGUAAUAGCCUUUGUUCUGUGGGGCCAGCCUUUCUGAGGGCCCUGUGGGCUUCCUUUUGGGGGCUGGUGAGGGCUCAGGGUCCUGAUCUCCUGUGCUCUGCUCCCCACAAGGGUCAGAUCCGUGCCUGCUCCUCUGUGGGCUGAACGGGAACCCAGGAGUCAGGGUCCCUCUGGGGUGGAGGCGUCAGUUACCAGUGAAUCCCUGGCUCCGGGAGGGGUGGGUGCCGGGGCUCGUCUGCCACGACGAUCCCUCUCGUGCCUGACUGGCUGCACAGGUGAGGGCCCCUGGCUGCCUCGCCUCUCACCUCUGCUCCCAGGCUCGGCACAGAGCCGCCGGUCACCACCGCUGCGGCGGCUCGGGCCCCUGCAGCCCAGACGUUUGUGCACAGACGCCUGAUCACCCGGUGGCAGGAACAUCUCAGUGUAUCUGCACGUGCACGGAAGCCUGGCAGCCCACCACCGGGGUCCCUGAGCCCCAGAGUCACCGUCCUUAGCAUCCCCCACCCCCUCCCACGUGCCAGCCCCCAGCCCCACUCUGGCUCCAGGAAUUCCUGAGAGGACCAUGGGCACCCCCUCCCCUUCUCACUGGGCUCCCAGCUCUCUUCGCAGAGGACCGUUGUGUGGAGCCAGGGAAGCUGCUGGGCCUUGCCUGGGCUGGGAGUCGUAGGCCAGGAGGAAGUCACUGGGAGGAGCUGGGUUCAGCUGCUGAGUCCCCUGCAAGGCUGGAGGUGUCCUGUUCCCCCCACACUGUAGGAAAAGAGUGGGUUGUAGGCCUGAGAGAGGACGGAAAGGCCAGCUUAGGGUCUGGGCCUUUUCCCUUCCUCCCUAGGACCCCCUCCCCAUCCACAUGUCCCUCCCCAAGGUCAAGCACAGACUUGUCAUGAAAACUUCCCCCAGUGGCUCAGCAAGCUGGUGCUGCAGCCUCUGCAGCCUCUGGGGCAAGACGGCCGGUUCCAGGAGGGGCGACCCACGAGGGUGCCCUGCAGCCGUGGCAGGGGACCCCAAGGGAGCCCGGGGCAAGCAGGCUGUUGAGGAGCAGAGGGCCAGGUGGCACCAGGAGGGUCCUGUCCCCGUCCCUACUGUGUCUCAGCCUGAACCCCUGCUCUAACAGCAGGUGACUCUCCAGCACACACAGAACACUUAGUACUUGAACCAGGAGGCGCAUGGGGUCUUCGGGGGCCCUGUGGCACUGGGCCCAGGAACAGCUUGUCCCCAAUUCCUGCAGGUGCCACCUGGGCCUCCUUGCCUCGGGCUGCCUUAAAGUGCCACUGCCCCUGCUCCUAAGGGGCCGGCUGUGGUGGCCACCUGGCCCGUGGGCUCCAGCAGCAGCAAUAAACUAGACUCCCAGGCUGCGGCCCUGGGUCGGCUGCAGACGCUGCCGUGGAGCCCCACCCCUUUCGCAGCUGGCCUGCCCCUUGGUGCUACCCUGUCUGUCUGGCGUCCCAGCGUCACCCCCACCUGUCCCCGGGGUGCUCCGGGAGCCCUUGCUCAGGAGGCAGGGCACAUGGGGCAGUUCGUGCCACCAGUGGGGGCAGGGGGACACUUGGGGGGCCACCUGGCCCCGUCCCAGCAGGUCGCCCCAAAGGCCCCACACUCUCCUGCCACGUCUCGCUUUGUGGGUUUCUCUUUCUCGCCCCAUCAAAUGGGUGGUCACUCAUGUGCCUUUCCUACUCAGGACUUGUUCCAGGUGGUCCUGGCCGAGGCUGGUCUUCAGACCUCCCUUUGUUAUUUUUCAAACUCCUGAACGGACUGCAUGACAUACAUUUCAAUAAAAGGUGUGGCCUCGUG